AUGCGUCCCUCUAUUAUCUCAGCGUUCGCAACGUUCUUCCUCUUGAGCGCCAUCCAAACAACGGUCGCAUCACCACUAGUACUGUCAUCGCUACAGCUCGAGGAAGGAAAUGCGCUCGAAAAACGAUGUGCCAAUCCCUGUGGUGCAGACAGCCAGCUAUGCUGUGGCUCCAGCGAAGCUUGCUACACAAACAGUCUCAACCAAGCAGCAUGUUCUGAGACAGGCAGUGGUGGUGAAUGGCAGUACUACACAACAACAUACACAGAAACCGAUACCUCCACCAUAACCUCCGUCUGGAGCUCCCGCAUUACCAGCGCCGCUGUAGCCACAUCCACUUCCGGAACCUGUCAGGCGGAGUUUGGCGAGACAACUUGUGGAACAAGCUGCUGCAGUGCCGAUGAGGAGUGUGUGCAAGGCGAAUGUGUCGCCGAAAGCUCCUCCGCCGCAGUGACUGGAGAGGCUACACCCGCAGCACGAGGAACAAGCAGUGGCUGGGUGACUGCGACCGCGACAGCAUCUGCGACCACAACGGAAGGAUUCAUUGCGCCAGUCAGCACAGAUGGAUCAGAUCUUAUCGGCGCGAAAGCAACCGAUAGCGGCGGAGGCGGAUUGAGUGGCGGUGCUAUUGCUGGUAUUGUUAUUGGUGUGAUCGCUGGUGUGGUGUUGCUCUUGGUCUUGUGCGCCUGGUUAUGCUUGAAGGGACUUUUCGACGGUCUGCUCGCCUGCCUUGGUAUUGGUGGCCGUAAACGAAGAAAGCAAGAAACCAUCAUCGAUGAACGUUAUUCGCAUCAUUCACAUGGCAGUCGCCCUCGUCCUCAGGGUGGUCGAACUUGGUUUGGAACUAAACCUGCUGCAAGCGAAGUUAGUGAGAAGAAGAAAUCUGGAUGGAGUGGUUGGGGUACUGCCGCCAUUAUCCUUGGAGCUCUGGCGCUUUGUUUGGGAUUGAGGAGACACAAGGAUCGCGAUAAUGAAGACGAUCGAACGACCUCUUACACCUACCCCAGCACAUACUAUUAUUCGGACUACACACGAAUUCAAGGCGAACAAGGGACACUCGACGAUCUCGACGAACGAGAGAUACACGUUCACGACGUUCAUGAUGAAUGGACUUGA